AUGUCAUUCCCAAUCGAACUAAUAGCCCAAACAUCACUGGAUGAGGACGUUUUCUCAUUCUCAUUAAAUAAUGAAAAUAAUUACAUGGACGAAAAUUGCUUUACAACCGCCAUGGCUUCACCUUUAGAUUUAAACACUCACAUCCACGAAAAUGAAAUGGAUGAAGAACAGGAACAAGAGGAAGAGGACGAUUACGAAGAUCUAUCGUUACUAAACUCACCCUUGUCUCUAAAUAACUCUCAUAUGAAAUUACAAAAUAAUAACAGCAACAACAGACUGUCUCAAAAAACAUUUGAGUCGCCCGCCUUACUACAUUCCUUCGAAGAUGAUGACAUUUUCCAAUUGGACGAUUCAGAAAUACAAUUCAACAUGGAUUCGAUGACCGCGUCAUCCGCCUCAUCGUGGGAUCAUCCUCGUGUUAAGGAAGCUAAGAAUAUAACGGAUAGAUUGACUGAAUCUUAUGCUAAUGCAGCUCAACAAAAUUAUAGAUUGUGGUUAUCUAGUUUUUAG